CCAUCCAAACAGAAAUCUCCGAAACUUCCUAUGCUGUGGUCUUUACAUUUAACUUGAUUAACAUCAGCAUGCCAGAGGACCCUGUGUCUAGAGAACAAACCACCCAGCAAGUGCAGGAUACCAGCAAUAAUGCGCUGAACACUCUUUUGAAUGAACCCGGUAGUCCAAAUUUACAACCCAAUACCUCCAACUUCAAGAUCACUUCAAACCAGAUUGAAGGUAGGAUGGAAUACAACUUCCAGAAUGGAGAUGUCAUACAACCAGUCAGCUUCCUCAAUGAGCUUCGUUCACAGACAGUCUUAACGACUGCCAGCACUGUGACAACUACUCCACUGAUAGUGCGAGGCAAAGCGCUUAUAUUCAUUCGCCUCGUAUUUGUCACACUGGGCCCCCUGCCAAAUCCAGAGAAGGUUCUUGAUGUGGCCAACACUCUUCUGAAGACGCGUCUCGCAACUAAACAAGACACUACAACACAAGACCUGAGUGAUCCUGUGAGCUUUGUCAACGUCACAUAUACAAAAAUAAAUGAGACGGCCUAUGCUCUUGACUUUGGAUUUGAAAUCAGCAAUAUAACCAUGACUGAGAAGCUUGAACUCAGGAAUGGCACCCACCUGUUAAUACAAGACUCUAUAAACACAUUGCUGGGCAAGAUCCUCCUCAGUAACUCCUCAGCUCCUAUCAUUAAGUUCCAAGCAGCUGAUUUCACGGGCAAUUCCACAGUAAUUAAGGCCAAUGUAGAGUAUGUUUUCUCACCAAGUGAUAUCACGCAACCCAGCAUCUUUGUUCAGGAACUUAUCCAACUUAGCGAAGCGAGCACUACAACUUCCCCACCAAACUUGAUUAAGAGGGCGAUUAUUAAGAUCCGUCUCGAGUUUAUCACACUUGGAACAAGACCAAGUGAGAGUGAUGUUCUUCAGGUGGUUAAAUCUGUGGUGGCCACAAAUCUCACAACUAAACUAACCACGAGAGUAACAAUCAUGAGUGAACCUGUGACCUUGGAGAAUGUUGAGUAUUUGGGAAUUAAUGACACCGCCUACGCACUCAUUUUUACAUUUGAAAUGAACAAAGUAUCACUGACAGCGACACAAAGUCAAGAAGCCUAUAACGAAAUCCAAAAGAAGAUAAAUUAUUUGGUGUUCCAGAUACUAAAGGACCCCUCGGUUAAUCUGUCCAUCCCAGCCAAUUUCACGGAGAGUGACGUUUUGAUUGUGGCCAAUGUUACGUAUGUUUUCUCACAAAAUAACAACAACACGGCCUCCGGGUUCUUGGUCAGUGCCCUUUUCAAGGCUUUUACUACACCAGCUCCAACCACCAUAAGCACUACAACCUCCAACAAUGGUACAAAUGCAGCUUGGGUUGUGGCUAUUAUUGUCCCCUGUGCUAUUAUCCUCGGGCUUGUUCCUUGCUGGAUUCUCCUUUGCUGUUUGCUGUGUGGUUGCUGUGCGGCAAUCAGAAGACGUUGGCACAGAAGACAGUCGUACAACGUGCAGUACACCACUCGAAACAGUCUCUUCUAGAGAAUUCUGAGAUAUUUAACAAAAACAGGACUGAACACCAAUGAAAACAAAAAUCAUGGAUUUUGGAUAUUCAAUAUGCUAUUCAAUACUGCUUCUUUUAUAGUAAUGAAAGUACUAUGUUAAUGCUUUUAUAAAUGAUUUAUUUUAAUGUGACAUUUGAAUACGUCCUAUAGUAUAUAAUUAAAUUGUAUUAUUGUUAUUUAUUCUUAUUUAUUUGUAAUAUUCUGUUUAUGUUUACAGUUAAUAAUCUUUUGCAAAUCAUUAAUCUGCUUGACAUUACACAAUUUAAUUUUAAGGGGUAAAAGGUAGAACAUUUGAAUGGGAGCUAUUAUUUAUUCAUACUUCAUGCACUUUAACUUUAUAGAUCUAAAGCAAAUGUAAAGCAAGCUCAUGAUGUAAACGAAAUGCAAAAUUAAUAAUAAUAAUUUAUGAACGUCAUUGGCAUAAACAUGUUAAUAAAACUGUUAUCAAAUUACUAGAUCAAUAAAGAAUACAGAAAAAUACAGAUGCUUGUGUUUCUCAUUCUAAUGUACUUUAAAUAUAAAGUUCACCAAUUAUUGGCUUGUGCUAAUUUAUGGUAAACGAUGUUACCCAGAAUUCUGGUCCAAAACCAGACAGUCUGGUGUGACCACCAUUUGCCUCACGCAGUGCAACACAUAUCCUUCGCAUAACUUGAUAGUGGCCUGUGGAAUCUUGGUCCACUCCUCUUCAAUGGCUUUGCGAAGUUGCUGGAUAUUGGCUGUCUAUGAUAUUGGCAGGAACUGGAACACGCUGUCGUAUACAUAGACAUCAUAUAGGUAGACGCCCUAUCGAACGCUACUGCCUAUUGGCAAAGUCCAUAGACAAUAAAAUAAAGGCACGGUCGAGCCGUGGAGCCGCCAUCUUGGACCACUCGUCAGCUCCAAGGGGCAAGGAACUCGACCGGAAGUUGAAGUCGGUUGGGGGCUGCCAUCUUUUAGCAGAACUUCACUUGCGUUAGCAUUUCCAUUGACUCCCAUUCAUUUUG